AUGUUGUUGCCACGUUUUCUGAGUCGCAGCUAUGCGCUGGACAAGCAUCUGUUCUUUGUAACCAGAUACUCCUACUCGCUGCUGGGGCUGCGCUUUGAGCAGCGCACAAGUUGCUGGUCCAACUGCUGGCUGCUGUUUAACUUUGUUAACUUGGCGCAUUGCUGCCAGGCGGAGUUUGUCUUUGGCUGGAACUAUUUGGGCGUAAGUGCACAGGAUGCAAUGGAUGCGCUUUGUCCGUUUGUUUUCAGCUUGACGACGCUGUUCAAAAUGGCGCUGAUGUGGCGCAGUCGCAAGCAGGUGGCGCAGCUAAUGCAACGCAUCAGACAAUUGACGGAGCAGCAGCGCAGUGAUGAGCAGCUGAAGCGCAGCUACUAUGAGCGGGUAACACGCUAUGGCAUGCUGGUCUUCACCAUGGGCAGCACCAAUACGACGUUCUUUGUGCUGCGCUCGCUGCUGGAAAUGUUGCUGCAACGCAGGCAGGACUUUGUCUACGCUAUGCCGUUCAGAAUGCAAUUUCCAGCUGUUGCGCAUCGCUUGCCGCUUUAUCCGCUGGCGUAUUUGUACUCUGCCUGGAGCGGACAGGUCACCGUUUAUGCCUUUGUUGCCACCGAUGGCUUCUUCUUUGGCUUUACGCUCUAUGUAACAUUUCUGCUGCAGUCGCUGCAACAAGCUGUGGCACGCGUGCUGCAUGCCGAGCAGGUGCCAACUGCAGCGCAAUCUGCUGCGUGCGCUGCGCAGCUGAACGUGCUGAUCGAUCGCCACAAUGAGCUUGUGCGCAUUGUGCGCAGCUUCUCCAGCAUUAUGGCUGCACCCACUUUCAUAGAGUUUGUCGCCUCCAGCCUGCUGCUGGCCACCAGCUUUAUAGACAUACUGCUGUUCUCUGGCUAUAAUAUACUGCGCUAUGUGGUCUAUGCCUUGACGGUUAGUUGCAGCAUAUUUCUUUACUGUUAUGGCGGCACUGAAAUGUCCGCAGCGAGCUUGACUGUAGGCGAGGCUGCCUACAAUAGUCAUUGGUAUCUGUGGCCGCGCAAUGUGCAACGUCGCGUCCUUUUGCUCAUGCUGCGUGCCCAACGACCCAUAACGGUGCAGGUGCCGUUCUUUGCGCCCUCGCGUCCCUUGUUUACAGCGAUCAUCAAGUUUACUGGCUCCAUUGUGGCGCUGGCCAAGACCAUACUUUAG